CCGGGUCUGAGAGGCCAUGUGUAUAGUGUCAGGAGCUCCACUAAGUAAGGUCUUACAAGUCAAUAGACAGGUCAUGGCUUAACGGGGUUUUAGUUUUUUUUUUUUUUUUCCUCUGACCCCAGACGUGUUGUUCCAUGGAUAUUUCCUGCGUUUUGCACAGACUGGGAGCCGGCAGGAGGAUACUAUGGGGAGCUUUGAGACAGACCUGGACAAGCAGAGGAUACAGUGGAUACUGCUUUGGAGAACACGGGGUUACAUCGAAAUGGCUGUCAGAAUCUGGGGUGUUAAAAUCCAAAAAACAUCCAUACAUGGGUGAGUAAUCUCAAAUGGCAAUGUGGGGGUAUAGAACAUGCUAAUGUAUUCUGAGUGUCACUAUAGAUGUAUGCUGUGUGCAAGGAGAGUCUCCAGGACCUUAUUAUUAUUAUUAAUAGUGAUAUUUAUAAAGCCCAACUUAUUCCACAGCUUAAAAGGGGGGGAUUUAACAACAAAUGAGACAGUUACAAAAUGUUACAGGAACUAUAUGCUCAAACAAGCUUACAGUCUAGAUCUUCCUAUCUUGCUGUUUUGUUGGUAGUAUACUAUGAAGGGUUAACUAGAUUUACUGAAGCUACAGAGGGGUAAUAUAGAACUACAUGACAAUAUUCAACAUAGAUUCUAAUUCCUUUAGGUGAUUACCAACAAUGGCUAACUAACACUACGGUCGUAGUAACUUUUAUGAUUCAGACUUUUCAUAGUUAAUUGCUCUUUUAAUUCAAUUUUCAUUAACCACAUUGGGUAAAUGAUCCCUUCCUUACAGCCGUUUGCCUUUGUGAGUCUUCAUAUAGCUACAGCCUGUAGUGGUUCUCCAUUACUAUGUAGGAUGUCAGUAAUCCUGUUAAGGGAGCAACAUAGUCAGUCCAGUUUUUUCCUAUAUUGAAGCAUUUAUUAAACAAAACCCAAGUAAGCAGAUCUGCAAAUAAAGCUUUAACUUCUGAAAUUGCAUGCCAGACCUUUUGUUUCUUACUACUUUGUUUCCUUACCACCAAUUUAAGCUAAACCUUUUUAAAUACCUGUAUCACCAAAACCAAACUGCAGUUGUAGCUGUAUUGCAAAGCUGGGGAAAACAUUUUUAUUUUUAAACUGCUUACAUAUGUAUAAUUUGUUGAAAUGGGUUUUCCUAGGUGACAUAAAUCGGCAUACAUCCACUGAUGCAUCACAGGCUACGUUGGCAAGCGUGGCUCCAGUAUUUUCCAUUGUAAGUAUUCUGAUAAGCUGUUUGUCAUUUUUACAUGUAACCACAGUUGUCCAACUAACAUUAAUUAUUUCAUAGUGUUAGUCACUAAACUAAGAAUCUAUGGUCCUGAAGAAAAUAACCUUUUUUUAAAUAUAUGUUCCUUUCUAUUGCUCUACCACCCUUGCUAGUGAAAAAGUUCAAUUAAAUGAGCACUCUAGGCACCAAAACAACUUAAUCUAAAUUAAGUUAUUAUGGUGCCAGGAGGCCUCUUUGCGCACUCUUACUUUCAGGGAUUAAACUGAGCCUCCAGCGCCAAUCCUCAGGUCCCCCAGGCGGCAUCCGGCUUCUGAAAUAUCAGUUUCAGGAAGCACGGAGUGCCACUAGGCACGAGUCCUGCUGAGAGCAGUCAGCUGAGGCUCUCAGCCGAUCAUUGACUCCUAGUUCAUAAGACUGGCUUGUAAAAGGUGCGUUUCUUUUCAAGCUAGUCUUAUAAAUGGGGAGAAUGCAUUGGGGAUGAGAUACACAUGCUGUGUUUGUCCAAUCAAAUGUCCUCUAUGAGCAGCACUUGAUUGAAGAACUGAGUUUGACUUUGUUUUCACAGGGAAGAACCUCUAGUGGCUGCUUGAAAGCCAUCCACUAAAGGUGUGUUGAACCCUGCAAUGGAAACCUUGCAGAUACUAUAAAACGACAAUGUUUUACAUUGCAAGGUUAAAACUACUACAGGGUUAUUGCACCCAAAUCCCUUCAUUGAAAUGAGCUUUGCCCAUAGUGACCCUUCAAGGACAAAAUAGCCAAAUUGGAAAAAUUCACCCAAUCUUGUUUUCAAUUUGUCUAUUUUGGCCUUAAAAUUUUAUUAAGCAUGGAAUUCCCAGCAUUCACUUUACUACGAGGUGAGUGUCAAAACAUUAGAAAACAGUUUUACUUCUUGCCAUGGGACCUGGCACCGUAACACUAAAGUAGUGAUCUAAAGUUGGUGUACUGCAAGUUGCUGCUUAGAAAAAAAAAAAACCUAAAAGAACAUUUCAAGACAAGAUUUUGGGCUUGUGUUUUUUUUGCUCAGUAUUUGAGAUUUGUAGUUACCUACAGCUGCACUGAUUUUCCUACUCUAACAUAAAAUUAUAUGUAGAUAAUAGAGCAUGUAUUCCCCUUCCCUUGCUUUGUAGAAAAUAAAAUGAUUGUAUUUCUAUUUUUUCAUUCCAGAUCAAAUUUGACAAAGUGGGGAGCAUUACGUCUUUUGGUAAGCAACAGUUCAUGAAAUUGUUUCUCAAGGCUGGAAUCCUUAGAGACCAAGGCUUGACAAAUUUGUUUGGAAUCUAGAAGCCAGCUAAAAGAGUUAGGAGCCAGUCAUUUUCAACAAGAAAAAUGCACUUCUUAAAGGGACACUGUCGUCACCAGAACCACUAUAGCUUGAUGUAGUUGUCUGGUUUCUAUAGCCUGUCCCUGCUGGCUUUUUAGUGUAAACACUGCCUUUUCAGCGAAAAGGCAGUGUUUACAUUGCUGCUUAGUAACACCUCUAGUGACAGUCACUCAGAAGGCCAUUAGAUAGUCCUGGGUCAUUUGCACCACGUGCAGUACCCACAUUCAGUGUCUCCAAGCUCUGCAUGGAGGUGUUGAAUGUUCCUUAUAGCGAUUCAUUAAUGCUAUGCAUCUCUGAGGAUAUGUGGAUUGGCACAUUUGCUGCGCAUGCACAAAAUCCUCCCAAUUCUUUUAUAAGGGAAAGCAUUGGCUUAGCUGAGAUCAUAAAGAUUGAUAAUCUCAACCAUGGAGGUGGAACCAGCCGUGGCGAAACUGGCACGGCGUGGGAACAACGGUUAGUAAAAACACUUUCCUAAUGCGAUCAGAGAAGGCAGGUACCUAAACGGACACACAAACACUGAUAGACGCACACACUACAGUUUUACGUACACACUCAUGUUGACAGGCUCACAUACUCACUCUGACAACAGGCUUGCUCACACACACUGACAGGCUCAGUAAUCUUACUGCAGCUCCUCUCUGCUCCUUACACGCUCUCUAUAGUGAUGCCGGGGCCGGAGUGAAGUCAUUCCAGCUCCCGGCAUCAUUAAACAGUGCAAGGUAGCAGAGAGGAGCUGCAGUCAGAGUACUGCUCCCUUGCACACCGCCUACAAUGUUCCAUUUUUGGCAGCCGGCUCCAUGCUGCCUCAGCCGGUCGCCUCCAUGCUCCUCAGGAUGUCCGGCUCCAAUAUUCUCCGCGGCGGCUGCCUUUAAAGCUCCCUCGGCUGAAGAGCUGGCAAAUCCCUGGGAUUUGUCGAGCCUUACCUUAGACCUAUCACAUGUUUGUGAGCUACAAAAUAAUAAAUCGUCAACAUAACAUGCUUCUAUCCUUUAAGUUUAAUUGUUUUAUUAUUCUUUGAAAAAAUGCUUUUUGCAGUGCAGACAUUUUUAACACUUAAAAUCAUGAAUGAAUUGCUUAUCAUUUUUUUUUUUUUUUUUACCAGAAAGGAAAAAAACUGAAUUGUACCAGGAACUAGGUCUUCAAGCUCGAGAUCUAAGAUUCCAGCAUCUGAUGAGUAUCACCUCUAGAAACCAGAAGAUCAUCUUAAGAAUGGAGGUACGUUAUAUGAAAUCAUAAAGGGGCACAGCCUUACAGCACCACAAACUCUUCUAAAGGCUGGACUGGUUUUGAUGCACAGAGUGCUCCUUUAAAAGUUAAAUCAGAAUUUGCGUUAAUUUCUAAUUCCAUAGCAACAUGUCACUAAUUGAAAUUAAACUGAAUGGACAGCUCACAGAUGUGGAAUUCCUAUCUCAUGAUGCCUGGGACGUGUAGUUCUGGGAGCCGAGCAGGCAGUAUUUUUUUUUCUUUUUAUUCUCAUUAGCCUUGUUGCAAGCAAGUGGUACGGCUGCUAGUGGGGUACCUGGAGGGCCAGGUAGGGAGUAUGUGGUCUGCACCUCUGGUGGACGCAGACCACUAAGUGUUCCUUUGCAAUCCUUGCACUCAAUAAUCACGUAUUGAGCAUAUCUGCUGGGUUCCCCAGCCUGUGCUUUGACUCACUUAGUGUUGCUCUGGAAGGAGUGAUUACUAUGGCAUGUACUCACCAGAGUAUCCAGAACCCUUGCUGGAGCACCAAAUAUCAUAGCAUCCCUCCUCUGUGCAGAAACGUUAGCAGGACGAGGUGGGGGUGUAAAACAGAGUGCUACCACAUACACAUUACACACAGCCAGCUCACACUAAGCACAUCCAGGAAACACACACACACUGUUGAGGCGACGACAGAGAAACACUGUCUUAAUCCUUCUAAAUUGAAAUGAUUUUGUGCGUCAGGGCACAUAGUUUGGGCUACAUAUUUAGACCCUUGAACAAGUGGAUUUUUUUUAAAUUUCACAUCUCUCUAGUAGUAAUGGUAAUAUCUAUUGUCUCUAUAAUAAUGUUGAAUGUAGACACACUGUUUUAACCUCUGUGUUUUGCUUCCUGUCAGAAACCUUUUAAGGAUUAUAUCCGAUACUUCUCUUUAUCCUGUAGCAUGUUCCAAAAUUCAUGCUGUGUAAUGAUUAAGCCGCUGCUUGCAAAUCAUAUAAUUUCCUUAUUUUCAGAUAGCAUAGGGAGUGGUCAGCUCACAGGUACUUAAAGCCAACUCAAAAUGAAAGGUUUGGCUUCUAUUGGAAAAAUUCAAUCGCUGCUUGUUCUUAAAACUUCAGUAAAAAAUGCUAAUUUCAUCGUACUACCAAGUCGUGAUGAAAUUUUCCAGUUUGAAGUCGAACCUUAGUUUUGAUUUGACUUCCUGUCAGACCUGACAUGUUUUAUUUCUUUUCAUAGGGGAAGCAUGGUUCACAGGCUUAUCUUUAAUCAUAUGGAUCUCUUUCUCAAAUGCUUUGAGACUGGUAUAAAUUAAGUUUAAAUCCUUAAACUUUGCUUCUAUAGUUCAGAAGUACAGAGCCAGAGACUACACAGUGCAGGGUGAAGAGUCAGGUAUAUUUGUUGGCCGUUAUGGUAGCACCUGUUAAGAAGCUAUUAAAGUAAAAAAACAAAACAAUUUAUAGAAUUUCCCUUCCAGUGAUCCGCUAUGCAUGUUAAUAUUUUGUUUAGUUGCCUGUUAUUUACAUUUCUCUACUGGCAGUCUUUAUUGGAAUGUUUAUAUAUCCAUUACUUGUACAUUCUUUGCCAUUUGUAUUGCAGUUCCUUAAAGCCGUUAUAACUUCAGAGCAUCUCCUAAUACUGGAUUAUCGCAACCUCCAACUGGAUCAGUGGUUAUUUAAAGAACUUGCACCCCAGUUGGCUGGAGAAGGUCAGUUGGUCACCUAUUCCUUGCCUUUUGAAUUCAGAGCCUUGGAAGCUAUUCUACAACAUCGGGUGAGCUCCUGCAUAUCAUUUAUUUUGAAUUGUUAUGUAAAACAAAGUUUCAUUAAGUAUGGAAACACUGCUGUGUUACUUUGUACAGUUUUGGAAAAAAUGCUUUGAAUUAUUUGGGGAAGCCUAGUUCAAUGCUGCUCUUUAAAUCAUUUCCAUAUUCUCUCAACACGUGGCCAUGAUUAACAACAGUUGGAUCUAUUAGAACAGGCGUUCCCAAAAGAUAGAUCCCUAGGUGUUUUAGAACUACAUCUCCCAUUAUGCUUUACAUGCCUUUAGAAUGACGAAGCAUCAUGGAAGAUGUUAAAACAUCUGGGGAUCUACCUUUUGGGAACGACACAGACAUUUUACCUACUGUCAUAGUGUACUUUGUAACCCAGAACAACAACUGUAUAAUAGGGGUUUUAAUAUGUUAAUGCCAUGGCUUGCAUAUUACUGCAGAGGUUGACAAAUGGCUGUAUAAUUUUGGAAAAAAUAUGAAGGAACAAGUCUUCUAGUCUACAACUCAAAAAGUGGUAACACUUUAGAAGCCAUUUUCACAGGCUACAUGUGAGUUUAUCUACCACACAUUGUUAAUAAAAAAGCAUAACAUCCUAGUCUCACCUAAUUUGAUUCAUAUAACCCUUCCUUUCUUUUUUAUUAAAGGGUUACUCUGUGCACCAUAACCACUUUAGCCCACUGUAUUAAUAAUGAUGUCUUGGCCCAAGGACUGUAGUAGUACCCUGCCCCUUUUCCCGGUAAUGCAGCAAACCAUUUUGCAAUGUUAUGCCGUCUUACCUGGGUCCCCAUCAGAUCUGAGGUUCCUCUGUAACCAGUUUACCUUAGAUUUCUACAAAGCUGCAGAAGCCAUAUGUUGAUCCCAUGGACCAUUCAUUGGCUGAGAGCAUCAGCUGAGCUUUCUCAGCCAAUUAUUGCAACUCUGUAAAUAGAAAUAUGCACAGAAUUGACAUUAGGCUGGCCAAUUAUGCUGCCAAAGAUGAAGCUACAGCUCUGGCAGCAAAGUGGCAAAACAGUGGCAAAACACAAUGUACAGACUCCAAGCACCAUAGUUGUCAUGGUAAUUGGAGUAAGCCUUUUAUUUUACCCUUUCUGUGGAAAACCAUUCAGUUUAAAAUUUGCAGAAGUUAUAUGUUUUUAAUAUUCUUCCUUGAAGUUAUUGAUGAUUCAGAAACUUUUUAAAACCCUUGUAUUGAGACUGCAAACUUCAUGGACAAUCUUAAAUUCCCAAUCAACAGAAGUCUAGCCGUGAAUUUUUAAAGGAUAAUCCACAAACAUUGAAUUGCAAAAUUCAAAGUAUCCAAGCUGUUACUAUAGUUAAAUUAUUUUUUCGAAUCUGUUUCUUUAGCAUGUUUUUCAAUUUACUGUUUAGUAAUCAAGCUGCAAACCUAUAGCAUUCCAUGUGUUUAGUUACUAACUCUGAUUGCAAAGGAGAUACAAGUAUUCUCUCCAAGGUUUAAAUGGUAUUGGGAAAUGGGACUCUUAUGUUAAUUUAUUUUGAAAUCAUUACCUUACUGUUCCAAUGCUUAUGAAGGAUAAUGUUGUCAUCUAGAUGAGCAUUCUUCAAGGGAGACUACAAUUUUUGCAUCCUCAUAUCAUGGAAACGUUGGAAGCAUUGGUGGAUCCAAAACUACUGUCAAUAGAUAGGAGCAAAUUGCACAUUUUGCUUCAAAGUGGAAAAAGGCAAGUCUGGUUUGUGAGAAAUUUAGUGCAAUAAGGUUUUCACUACACCUUUGAGGUAUCUUUUUAACCUCAAACUUGCCUUUCUACCAUUGUUUCCUAUGCUCUUCCUCCUUCAGAAACUGUUCUUCUUUUCUUAAUUUCCAAUAUAUUAAGUAGGGACUUAUUUGCGUUAUGUAUUUUUCCUACACUUGAAAAAUCUUGACAAAGGGUUGUGCUUAAGGCAAACUCCACUUUCUUUGUUAGCUUGACAAAGGAAGUGGAGCUUGCCUUAAGCACUGCCCUUUGUCAAGUGUAGGAAAAAUACAUAAGGCAAAUUAGUCCCUACUUUAUCUUAUGUUCUAAGAUCGGAAAUGAAGAAAAGAACCGUUUCAGAAAGAGGAAGAGAAGAAGUAACAGUAGGAGAAAGGUAAGUUUUGAGUUAACAGAGCCACUUCAAGAAAAGACCAAACGCCCCGGCAAGAAGCAAUCAAAUAAGUGAGUAAUAAAUGAUACAUUAUGUGAUUGUGGCUAGAGCUGUAAUUAUUUCCCUUGUGUUAGUUUUGUUGGGGGGGUUUGGUUUGUUCGUUUUUGUUUAGUUUUUUUCAUAUUUUGACAGACAAGCGUAUAAGUGAUAUCUGUUAACUUUUUGUAAACAUCUCUAAACCUGAAGGCUCUUGCAGAGUUGGACAGCGGCGCCACUUAUUUCGUGAAAAUAUUCAGCUGACGCUCUGUCAGUCAGUAAAUCCUCAUCCAUUAUCCUAGCUUGAUGCUGUGGGUGCCUCUGUCUGAUUCUGUAAGAGCCUUCCGGUUUAGAGAUUUUUAGAAAACUGAAGGGCAGGGAGAUUCUGCACUGGAACUAAGAUUUGGGGGUUAAACUGUCAGAGAACGGUUUAACCCCUUCAGGUGAGCCAAGAACCCCCUGGCACCAUACCAACUUCAUUUUGAAUAAGUUGUUAUGGUUCCUGGAGUGUCCAUUUUUAGAGCAUUUUGAUAGUUUUCAUGUAACCAUUUUAUCACAAACCUAUGUCAAACUUUCUUUUUGUUUUUUGUUUGUGUUUCUGAAAGGGCAGCAUUUACAUUGGAAAAACCUGCAGUGACAGGUAAUAGACACCAGAACCACUACAUUAAGCUGUAGAGGCUUUGGUGACUAAAGUGACCCUUUAAUGACGUUGGGGCAUGCUUUGCCAUCCUACAAACUGCAUUACAGUGGAUUAGCAAAGCUUUAUCGACCGGGCCCUCCCGGGAGCAGGCAUAGUUACUUUCCAUGCCAGAUCCGAUGGUGGUAACUGCAGCAGAUCCCGCCCAUCCGAGUCAUGUGAUUGCUAUGACACCGUGAUCCCAUAGCUGGAUAAUAUAAUGUACUGCAUUAUUAUGAUAAUACACACUUCUAGAGAAAUCUCAAUGUAGCCUUCCUCUCAAGAUAGCAUAGCGAUAGGACUCCAAAAGUUUUCAAAGUAAAACUUAACUUUUAUUUUCCACAGUUAAGAGAUCGACAUUUCAGUUUGCAACCCAAACUUUCAACAGGAUAAAAAAAAAAAAAAAUAUAUAUAUAUAUAUAUAUAAAUAAAUAAACAUUUUUUGGUUCUAAUUCUGUGUGUAUUUAUGUAUUAUUGAUGCAUAAUUAUGUGAUUUUAUUAAUUGUGUAUUGAUGGAUCUGCAUGGCAACCCAUGCAGAAAGUCCAUAGAAUGUAAUUUCAAGCCUUAUAUUUGAACCUGUAACUUUCCAAAACCCCAUAAACCAUGGAAAUGGGGAGUACUGUUUGUAUAUGGGAGACAUCGCUGAAAACAAAUGUCUAUUUUGUUUCCGUAAAAGCUAAGAGCAUUAUGACAAUCACAGUUAAAAUACCAUGCAACACUUGGAAAAUAACAAAAAUAUCUUACACUUUAUUCAUAUGAAAUUUUCAUAUACAUAUUUGAUGUAUUUCUCCUGAACAAAAUUAUAUAUAAUAAGUGUGGGUACACUUAAUAUGAAAGAGGUAAAUUGUGGUUUAACAGAUAUAUAGUCAAAUUCCAAGUUUUGUUUUUGAUUUGAUCAGAACUUGUACAAUUUCCUCUUUCCUUAAGGGAUUAAAGCUUUUAUAUGUGCUUAUUGCGUCCACGAUGCUUUGUUGUGUAUUAAUAAGCAUGUCAUUUGACAACGCUCACCAUGAACAAUUAAUUUUGGGAUGAGCUGCAAAGGGUGGACCAGCUACAUAUAAAUGUCUAUGUAUUUAUAAUGUGAUGUCAUAAACGUCCCUGUUGGUGUAAUGGUCAGGUGUCCCAAUACUUUUAUCCAUAUAGUGUAUUUUGACCAUAAAUUUGAAAUUCUCUUUCAAUUACCUGCAAUUUUUCCUUUAGUAAAUAACUCAAUUAUACUUUAUAGAACGACGUCAAGCGUAUAUUAUUACAUUACAAACCUGUUAUAUCUAAACCAACAUCUAUGGGUUGACUAAUGGCCUGCAUUUAAUAAAUUUGAUUACUGUAUUGCAUUGAAUAAAUGCAUCUCGAGGGUAGUUUUCAGUGUUUCCAUGCACAUCAUUGCAGUACCGAACUCAGGCAGUUAGGUACUGUUUGAGUGACAGCCACUAGAGGUGUUACUAGGCAGAAAUGUAAACACUGCCUUUUUCUGAAAAGGCAAUGUUUACAAGGAUAAGCAUACAGCGACAUAUUAUAAACACUAGAACUACUACAUUAAGCUGUUGUGUUCCUUUAAUACUAUAUUAGCAUACUGUAUGUAGUUUUAAAUUUCUGUACAAUUUGGCAUUGAGUGUCUCCAAACAAUUUUCUCAGAAAGUCAUAGGGGAAUAUUUUAUAGAUCCACCUGGAACUGCUAAGGCAAUUGUAAAAUUAGCUUUUUUUUUCUUGAUUCACUUCCUAUUUGUAACAAAUUUCUGUGGAUUUUAUUGUAAUGGAUCGUAAGGUUUGGCUAGCUUUACUGUCUUCUAAUGAUGAUAAUCUUAUAUUAUUAAAAUAUUACUGAUGUUAAUACAUGGACUUUAAAGGGAUACUAUAGACAUAAAAACAACUUGAGCUUAACAAAGCAGUUUUAAUGUAUAUAUCACGCUUCUGCACUCUCACUGCUUUAUUACAUGAUGAGUAAAAACAAUUUCCCCAUGUGAUCGGAGAAGGGCUAGUAACCUAACCAGGAAUCAAUGUAUAAAGUGAAGUAAAUGACUCAAAAAUGUGAUUGUUUGAACUCAUCUGCACAUACCUACCCAGAAUCCCUUACAGUAAAAAUCGCAUUGAAAAUGUGAGAUUUCUGUGGGGAAAGCAAGUCUUAUGGCUUGUUUGAUGUGUGCAGAUCUGUGUCUAACAAUGUAUCCAAUAUAUUUUAUAAAAAUUCAAGCUUUUAUUUUUUUUUAUCAUGUGUUUUGUUUUUACUACAGUUUGUCAGAAUUAGAAACAGAUAUUAAGGUUUUCAAAGAAGCAAUAUUAGAAAUCCUUGACGAAGAUGAAUUGAUUGAAGAGCUAUGCCUUACCAAACGGACAGAUUCUCAAGUCCUGUAAGUAUUUUAUUAUAGCUUGCACUUCUCCCUUUUAUUUUUAUAUGACUUAAACAUUUGAGUGUUAAAGGGUGAUCAGCAUAUUGCUUUGCAGUUCAUAAAGAAGUUGUUGUUUAUAUGGGUGUAUUGAGUUUGUAAGAUACAUUAUAUUGCCCUGCAUGCUGCUUAUUGAUGUAUGACUCUGGUCUGAGUAUUGAAUGUUUUUGCUAUGUAAACCAAAACUUCUCUUAAUAACAGCCAUAAUGAAAUAUCUCCAUCAAAUAGCAAUAGUGGCCCUUGACUUACAUUAUAGAAAAUAUUGCAAGCAGCGGACCUAGCCAACCAGUAAAGCAUUGUAAAAUCUGCAGCAGCACUUAUUACAAUAUGUGAAAAAGUUAAAGACGUACCAUUUAUAGGAUAAUGGUUGAUCAGCUUGUAUGCAUGUGUUAAUAUCUUGCCUACUAAGUGUUUUGGGGGCUGAGAGUGUUGAAUUGUAUUGAAACACUUUGACAAUACAUAGAGAAAAGGUACAUAAGAAAUAUACAACACGCCUAACCAGAAAUACAAAGAUUAACACCAAAACACAGAGACACUAUAUGUUCUUUAAAGAUUCCAGUACACCUUGCCUUGUUCUUAAAGGAACACUUGCAGAACAUAGCGCAUUAUUUAGAACAAUUGUUCCCUACGGUAUUUUGUCUGUAAAUAUAUAUAUAUCAAAGACAUGAACCCAAUUCUGAUUACCUACCUAAGUUUCUGGCUGAUUUAUACAUAUUACCAGAUGGGUAUUGUUUCAUUUGCCUAAAGGUGAGUCUUGAAAGUUUUCAUGCAUAAAUUAACUUUGUCAAUGUGCAUGACUCUGUAGCAAUAUAUUCACCUAGGCAAACAAUAAAUUAAAUACACAGAAUGCAUUCCUUGUGUGGGGAAUUUAAAAAGGAAUAACCAGAACGUGUAUAGAUCUCGUGCAUCGUUGUCUGUUUUAUAGUAAGUGUUUAAAGGUUUUGUGAUCCCAAUCCAAUUGUUUCUGCAUCAAACAUAAUGAAUGUGAUCUAGCUCAUUUCCCACUGAUACCCCUAAGGUUAAGAUAACAGUUUGUAUAAUAUUAAUAAAAAACAUUCAAAUAAAUUAAUGUCAUAUUUGGAAUGUGUUAAACAUAUAUUUAAUUAGUUUGGUGUCCCAAAUUCAUCUUAAAGGGAUAUUGUUGGUAUAAACCACUUAUUUGUAUUGAACUGGUUAUGGUGCAUUAAUGCUUUCCCUGAAUUGUUAGCAUUAUAUUCUCUUCAGUUAGCUACCUACUGAGUUUUUAAAGGUUCACUUAAACCAAAGACAGUGUUUUAAUCAAACACUUUGUUUUAUAUUGGAGAAAUCAUUCUGGCAAAAACAAUUGAGUUCUACCUGCAACCCUGUUCUCCUACCAUGACUUUAUUCUGCUCAGGGGAAGGGAUGUCAGGAAGGCAGGGCUGCUGCUAUUCAUCGUCUCUGUUAUACGUGCUGACAACGUAUACGUUUUUGUGUACAGAUUUAUCAUUGUCACCCGAAAACUCUGAGAAUCUCAGUCUCGUGAGAAGCAGCAGUGUGUCUAGAGACUAUAGGUUUGUAAUAUCGAUAUAUUCGAUAGGUUGAGAUGGGGCCUUAAUCUAAAUCACCCCUAUAUUACUCUAACACUAUAUAUACAGAUUUGCUUUAACUGACUUUCAUGAUCAAAGAGCAAAAUACAUGGAUUUCUCAACAGUUAGGCCAGAGACAGUGCUCUGCUCAAGAAAAUCUAAAUCAGAUGUAUUUUAUGCAAGUCAUUUAUUUGUAUCUGUGAUACUAAAGAGUGGAAUUUAAAAACCAUCCAAAGAACAUAUUGCAUUUAAAUUGCUUGUCGUGUUCUUCAUAUUUCGACUUGAAGCCAGCAUGUAAUUGGUUAAAAUUUUGAAAAAUCUUUGAGAGUUUAGAAGCAAGGUUGCCAACACAUUUACUCCAAAACGUUGGGAAUAAUGCUUAGGUGUUCAGCUUCCUUGAUCUUGUAGUUUAUCAUUGAAUUUGUUUUUUUGUUUCCUCCUUGUGUAUGAGCAUAGGGAAGAAGGUACAUCCAGGAUGGAUCAUGCAGAGGAAAUGGAGUUGCUGCUUGACAACUACUACCGUCAGGCAGACGACCUGGCUAAUGCUGCCAGAGAACUGAGAGUUCUGAUUGAUGACUCCGAAAGUGUAAUUUUCAUCAACCUAGACAGGUGAGUUUUGAGCAGAAUAUAUCUAGGAUUUAGGGAGCUAUGUUAAUUUACCACAGUUAUCACCCAAACCACUUCAUCUCGAUGAAAUAGUCCAGGUACAGGGGCCUUGCCAUUUAUCUCACACAUUGUAAAAUAUUUAAUUUUUUUUUUUUUUAUAUUGUGUGAUUAAACACACCUCUAGUAACUGUCUUCCUGAUUGCCACUAGAGGGUGCUUCCACAGUGAGAAAGAGUCUGACUCGGUUCUUCACUGAUAGUAUAGGGUGCAUCACAGCAAUUUCUAGGCACGCGCAUUCAGAUUGCAGUGCUUCUAAAUGAGAAGCAUUUGAUUGGAUAAAAUGGUCAUCAAGGCUGAUGACCUUAGCGAAGGCGGACCAAGCUGCAGAGGUACUCAGAGCAGAUGUGUCCAUGGGCUCAGGUGAGUGUCAGACUGUUCAAAAAACUAUUUCACUACUUACUGUGGGACAGCACCAGGGGUGUCCUGGCAACAUAACCAUUACAGUCUGCAGUUUACAUACAGAGUGUUUCUAUUAUUUUAGAAUACUUUUCUCCCAUAAUACAGGAAGCUACUUUCCUUAAAAUUAAAAUAAAAUUAAAGGAGGAGGAGUAAUGUACAAAAUAAAACACAAGGCACCCACAACUUUGCCUUGUCUGGUAUCUUUCUGCUGAUAUUUAUGAUUAUUUUAUUUAUUAUUGCCCAGCACAGUCACUCCCUACACACAAUCCUAUGUAGCACUGUAUGAUUUGUAACUUUCACAAAAUGCCACAAGGUAAGUCAGAUCUCAUUGAGUGGAUUAGCAUAUCCUCUUGGUGAAGCAUUGCUUUACUAGAAGUCUGUAAGGACUCUGUGCCUUUUUUCGUGGGGCUGAUUGUGUCCUCAUUACCUUCAGUCUUUAAAAUACACAGCAUAUUUCCUGGCAAGCAAGUUGUAGGAUCCUGUGAGACAGUUGUCCUUAUCAAGCAUUUAUAAUGGGUAUUUUUUUUCCAGCCAUCGUAAUGUAAUGAUGAGGCUAAACUUGCAGCUAACCAUGGGGACAUUCUCUCUCUCGCUCUUUGGCCUUAUUGGAGUUGCAUUUGGCAUGAAUCUGGAGUCUUCUUUCGAAGAGGUAAGCUAAAUCAAAUUUAAGUCUUUCAUAUUUUGGUUCACAUCUCCUCAAUAGUUCUAGUUUGUUUGGCUUAUUAUAAUUGUUUUUUGUGUUUGUUUUUUUUUCUUCCUGGAAGUUGUUAAGCAUGAUGUCCGCAUUUUACAUUAAAAUAAAUAAAUAAUGAAGAACGAUAUUGUACAUGAUAUACUAUUUCCAUCUGACUAUCACAAUAAAAACUGUAUUGAAAAAAAUAUUUUACACAUGGAUUACUUGGAGUUAAUGUUAUACAACAACUUUGAAACAGAACUGAGGAAGAGAUACAAAGCCAGUGAACCACGCAUGAGGAUGGUUACUGGCUUGCUAUUAAGGCUUGGCAUUUUGCGGCAUAACUUUCUUGGUUUGUGCUCUGAAAGUAACGCCAAGCCUCAAUAGCUAGCUUUAUGUGUAAAGAAUGUGUCUUCUUUUUCUAAUUUUGCCAAAAGAGCUGGUUUGGUUUGCUCAGUGGAGCUGAACUCAAGAAGCAGCAAUAGCUCAGAGCACCUUGUGAAGAAUUCUCUGUGAGCUACAUUGAAAAGUCUGUGAUUGGACAGCCUGAAAGUCUGGGGGGGGGUUAGAAGGGGAGGGUUUGCAACGGCUUCAGAGAAGAGAACUGCAGAUUUUGCAAUCUGUUUUAGAUAUACCCCCGAUGAACAAAUGUAUAAUUGAAUGCAUGCAAGUUUUUAUUUUGAAUAUCUCUCUUAAAUAGUGACUUUUAUUUACUUUGUAUUAGGACAGUGGAGUGUCCCUUUAAAUGCUGAAAGGGUUAACUCUGCCUGUGGCUCUCACAGGUAGCAAUAUACGUGUCCAUAAAAUGACUUCUUAUCCCAGCGUUGUAGCAUCAUUAUGUUUCUGUAUAUUGAUUAGUGUUACUCUCUGUAGGAUCCACAAGUGUUUUGGCUGGUUACAGGAAUAAUGUUCCUGGGAAGUGGAUUAAUCUGGAGACGUUUGCUUUCAUUCCUUGGGAGACAUCUAGAACCAUCUGUGCCUGCCCCAGUAUGUGUAACUAUUUAAAAUGUUCUCUGUUGUGGGCAUUUCAUGCAGCUUGUAUUGUUACUCCAGUUUUGUCGAUAAUAGGAAAUAUUUUGGCAGUCACAGCUUAAGAGCAGGAUAACAGCAUAUUUGUUGUAUAUUUAGGCUGCUUAGAAUGCCCUUUUAAGCCCAUCUCUGCACCAGCGUACCUCAAAAUGUUAGCAGAAGUCUGGGUUUUAAUUAUAUUAUUACAUUUUUAUGUUUAAUUCAUUAAGGACUAAGACAGUUCUUUAUUCUACUGUGUCUCUCAAAAAUACCCACAUAUGUUUCCCAGGUGUUUGGGGGACUUGUAGCAUUAAAUAACAGACAUGAUCUAGUCAUGACUUGCCUCUGUUUAUUUCCCAAACAUCCUAUUUGGUGAAGUGACAGUGUCUGUGUCACCAUACGGACCAUCAUCUCACUCUGGAGCUAUUUCUUAACCUAAACCUAGCUUACACUUACUUUAAUCACCAUUAACACCAACAUUUACCCGAUACCAACACUGACAUCAGAGGAAUUCCCUUAGCUGAUGUCUCUACUGACAUCAGCAGAGGGAUUUCCCUGGCUUACACAGUACAGACCACCCUGUGAUUGAUGCAUGAGUGUUAAUGGAGCCCCUCAUACUGAGCCUACAUAUCAAACAGUGGCCAACAGGCACUUUUGACAUUUAGUGAAAUCCAAAUGUGGUCUUUUCAGACAGUGGAUAUUCCCACAAAUUCCAAGAAAAUCACCAUGGCUGCAUGUGGUUCUGCAUUAUUACAACCCUGCCCCUGGACACUCUUCCAGUUACUCCCCUAAAAUUAAAAUGUCCUCUUGUGUUAAUUUAAAAUGAUGGGAGGUACGUUAUAUGGCCCUACCUGACAGAAGGGAGAGCACAGGGUUAAUUGGAGGAUGUUUUUUUCCAAUAUACAAGGCUUUUCAAGUCCCCUGUUUCUAUUAAGGGGUAACAUUUACUUACAAUUGGUUGUUUUAUACUCAUUAUUCUCAUUUGUUGAAAGCAGGUCCCAUCAUUGCUGAAGAGAGCAUACCCAGUGAGCGGAAGAAUUGAAAGCAGGAAUGGCCAUAAAACAGAAGGAUUUACAUCGUAUAGGAGCAAUGCUUCUGGCAGAUAGUUCUAAAACCACAAAAGGAUGUAAAUGUUACAAUCACUGAUUACCUCACAUUAUCAAGUCAUUUUGGAUAAAAUAGGACAUCUGGGCAACUGGAAUGUAUCUUUCUGCCGCCAUUUAGGAUUUGGUACAGUCUUUUACUCUGGCCUGCUGGCUUUUUCUUUCCUGAUUAAAAGUGGGUAAACUCCAGGUUCUAUGUAAGCCAAGCAUUUUGCUGCUAAUGAAUAAUAUUGCUCAGUGUUUGUUGUUUACCUUCUUUUUAUGUCUUUAGCUAUUUCUUUUUAUUUUACUGUCCAUCUUUGUCUUCUAAAAAGCCUAGGUUAUUGAGUAAUACUUGCUCUAAAGCUGGUGCCAAAUGAAUUAGCAACUAUAGC